AAUUUUUUGUGUUUUACAGGAAGACUAUGAUAAAUAUGGAAUCCGAAUUAGAGUAAAAUUUCGCAGUAGUACUCAACUGCAUGAAUUAACUCCUCAUCAUCAAAGUGGAGGUGAAAGAAGUGUUUCUACCAUGCUGUACUUGAUGGCCCUUCAGGAGCUCAAUAGAUGUCCAUUCAGAGUAGUGGAUGAAAUCAAUCAGGGUAUGGAUCCAAUCAAUGAACGAAGAGUGUUUGAGAUGGUUGUGAAUACUGCCUGUAAAGAGAACACUUCCCAGUACUUCUUCAUCACACCAAAGCUUCUACAAAAUCUUCCUUAUUCUGAAAAAAUGACAGUGUUAUUUGUCUACAAUGGUCCUCAUAUGUUGGAGCCAAACCGAUGGAAUUUAAAGGCUUUUCAGAGGCGGCGGCGAAGGAUUACCUUCACUCAACCUUCUCAGUGAAAGAAAAGGGAGGGGACUUCAGAGGUUUUCUUUUAACUGUUUAUACGUGUGGCUCAAGUGAAUAAAAGUUAGCAGAUUUAUUGAAAGAGAAAGAUUGGUUAUUUUUGAAAACCUGCUUUUAAAAACAAAUAGGUUGAUGAAAUGGAGACUGCAGUGACUCUAGAACAUUUUCUAGUGACAAUUAAGUCUUCGGUUUGGUUGAACUUGACUCCUUAGUCCUCUGUGAGCACUGGAUGGUGUGUAAAGAUGUGUACUGCCCCACAGUGUAGUGGCUCCCGAAUCCAGCACUUGAGAAGGAGAGGCAGGAGAUCAUGAGUAUGAGGCUAGUCUGGACUGCAAAGCCUGAUCCAAACUGUGUAGGCUGCACGUAGAGUGGGAUCAUGUGUCAUAACAAAAAGGUAUUUCCUGUUGGAAAUCAAAGGUAUGGAAAAAUGCGGAUUGCAUUCACAAAGCAUUUACUAAGUGCAGUAGCUCUGAGUAUUGAUUGCAGGAGAACUUUCUGACUUUCAAACCUUAAAGGCAACUCAGAAUUAGAAAAAUCCCACUUUCUUCCAGUAUUAUAUUUUUUAAAAACUGAUAUGGGAAUGUCUAUUUCAUGGAUACUGGUUUGUGGCAGUUCUGUUCAUUUCUUUGUGUUAAAGAUUACCUUAUUUUCAUGGAAAGCAUGUUUAUGGGCCUUUAACACUUCUACAAAACUUGAUGCUACAAUUUUAUUGGUAUUUCAAAGAAUUGGGAAAACAUAUACACAAGGGGCUUUAAAAUGGCAGCAGGAUUAUAAGAGGUCACAAGGUAAAGAUGACAGAUACAGCCCAAACAUUAACAGAAUGAAAUGAGGUGUUAAAAACUCAAAGAACAAGUUUUGUGGUGGUGUUCCUUGUUCUGUUUUGGGCUUUUGUUUGUUGCUUUUUUUUUUUUUAAUUUAAAAUCAAAUGUAUUUUACAUCUUAAAUUUCUAAAAGCAUUUUUAUAAUUUAAUAAGCUUUUUCUUAAGAUUUCAUAUACGAGUUUUUACAAUUUGUAUUUGAAAUUUCUCAGUGCUAUGUAAAGAGUAAUAGCAAAGUAUUGAUUAUUUAAAAUCAUGUUUACAAGAUUAAUCAGACCCUAUAUUUUAGAAAAAUCUCAUCUAAAUUCUCCCAGCUUAAAAAAAAA